AUGGGCAACCUUGCAUCUACAUACCAGAAUCAAGGUCGGUGGGCGGAUGCGGAGAAGCUGGACGUGACGGUGGUAGAGGCGACAAAGCGUGUGCUCGGCGAGGAGCAUCCUGAAACACUGAUCAGCAUGGGCAACCUUGCAUCGACAUACAUGAAUCAAAGUCGGUGGACAGAUGCGGAGGAGCUGCAGGUGACAGUGGUGGAGGCACAAAAGCGUGUGCUGGGCGAGGAGCAUCCUCAUACACUGAUCAGCAUGGGCUAUCUUGCAUCAACAUACUGGAAUCAAGGUCGAUGGGUAGAUGCGGAGAAGCUGGAGGUGACGGUGGUGGAGGCGAUGAAGCGUGUACUCGGCGAGGAGCAUCCUGAGACACUGAUCAGCAUGGGCAAUCUUGCAUCUACAUACCGGAAUCAAGGUCGGUGGGCGGAUGCGGAGAAGCUGGAGGUGACGGUGGUAGAGGCGACAAAGUGUGUGCUCGGCGAGGAGCAUCCUGAAACACUGAUCAGCAUGGGCAACCUUGCAUCGACAUACAUGAAUCAAAGUCGGUGGACGGAUGCGGAGAAGCUGCAGGUGACGGUACUGAAGGCGAGGAAACGUGUGCUCGGCGAGGAGCAUCCUUCAACACUGAACAGCAUUGGCAACCUUGCAACUACAUACCGGAAGCAAGGUCGGUGGACGGAUGCAGAGAAGCUGCAGGUGACGGUGGUGGAGGCGAGGAAGCGUGUUAUUGGAGAGGAGCAUCCUUACACACUACGUAGUAUGGACAACCUCAUCUCAACAUAUCACAAACUGGGUCGGUUGUCUGACGCAGGAAGGCUCGAGGCGGAGGUAAGGGAGAUCAGGAAGAGACUCGUUCCGAAUGACCAUGAUGUAUAA